GGAGACCCUGACUGAAGGGCAGCCAGCCAGCCUGUGAUGGAAGACUGGGUUUACUGUCUCUCUUUUUUUUGUGCGGUGUUUUCUGCAAGAGUCCUUGGUUUUCCAGAUGGAAAAAUCAGUGCAGCUUGUGAUUCUAUGUUACCUAAUCAUGGUAACUUUGUUUCACAAACUACCUCAGCACCUUACAGGAUCUCCAUAUCCAGUACUUCAUUUGACCCAGGAAACAAGAUCACAGUGACUCUACAAGGAAUUGACGGUUCUACUUUUAAAAGAUUUUUACUGCAGGCCCGAGCAGUUAGUGGAGAUGGUAUUGUUGGUACUUUUCAAAUCAUAGAUCCAAACACGCAAGGUCUUUUGUGUAACCAAGUUCAGAAUUCUUCAGCGAGUCACACAAAUCGCAACAGCAAGCAAAAUGUAACAGCAAUUUGGGUAGCACCAUCAGGCACAGGAAAUGUACAAUUCAGAGCAACUGUUGUUCAGAAUGUGAGUGUAUUCUGGGCUGAUGUCAGAAGUCAAACUCUUGUGUCUUCCAGCUCCUCUGUUGACUCAACCUCUGGACGUGAAGGCUGUGGCACACAGAAGUUUUGUUUCAUCAGUCCCACUGGGUGUAAUCUGGAUGAUCCAAAUUGUUAUUUCAUGUCUUCUGAGUCACUAGGUGGUGACGCUUUUAAAUUUGAAAUGAGUGGCCUUUCUGAUGGAUAUAUAGCCAUUGGCUUUUCUGAUGAUACACAAAUGGGGAAUGACGACAUUUAUAUCUGUGGUAAGAAUGCAACAGGACAAAUAGAAGUUCAACGUGCCUUUUCUACUGGACGAACUAGUCCCAACAUUUUAACUCUGAGUAAUGUUCAGACCAUAAUGACUUCCUUUAACAAUGGAAUCAUCAACUGCUCUUUCAUUUCAAGAAAUCCCAUAUCGACUCAGUCAAAAGCUGCCAGCAAUUUGUACUUCAUAUUUCUGGCCCAGGGGCCAUCGUCAGCUGGAAAGAUACAGAAGCAUCCUAUGACACCCUUUAUCACUCCUCAGAAAGUGAACAUUUCAAGUUAUGAAGCCAUUGGUAGCACCAGUUCUACACCUUCUAUUAUUAAGGCUCACGGGGCCCUGAUGCUUAUAGCCUGGAUGACCACAGGAAGUAUAGGAAUGAUAUUUGCUAGGUAUUUGAAGAAUGCUAUCCGAAAAACUCUCCUUGGCAAAGAUAUUUGGUUUCAGAUUCAUUUGUCUCUGAUGGUGAUAACGGUCGCAGAAACAAUCACUGCAUUCGUACUGGCCUUUGUAGCAGUAAAGGGAUGGGCUAAUCAUGCAGAAGCCCAUGCUGUCAUUGGAUGCAUUAUCAUGAUUCUUUCUUUCUUUCAACCAAUGAUAGCUUUUUUUCGACCUUCUCCUCAAAGUAAAAGGAGAUUUAUUUUUAACUGGUUUCAUGCUCUAAAUGCUUUUGUCAUAAAAGUCUUGGCUGUUGCUGUCAUAUUUCUGGGACUGCAGAUGCUUGAUCCCUCUCCCAGCCGAUGGAUGGUCAAAACUAUGGGAGGAUUUGUAGGAUGGGAGGCAUUAGUGUACAUAAUGCUUGAUGUAAAUGCUUGGUUGAAAAAGAAAGAGAAAUAUGAAGAUCCACAUAAGAAGAUAAAAAAUGAAAUGGUUCUAUUUUUAAUAUAUAUAUGUGGAAACCUGGUAUUUUUAAUAGCACUGCUUGUGGGAAUUGGAAAAUCCUAAAAUGGACGGAAUUUAUCUUGGAGGAAUGAAGAUUAUUCCUAUCUUGAGACGCUUCUAGAGUAAAUACAAAGAAACAAUGAACACUGAAUAGAUAUUUUAGCAAGUUUUUAAUUUUUGUUUGUUUAUAAAUAAUAUUUUAGGUUCUCUAAUUGACACAUUAUCAUUUUCUAUGCAAUAAUUGAAAAUAAUUUUUAUAAAUGAGAUUUCAUUAGCUGCUUAUUGGAGAUGUUCUACACAGUAUAAUAUGAUGCAAAUAAUUAUUUCUGACGUGAAAGGUAAGAAGGCAGUACAUAAAUGCUAGGUGUUCACAGUUGGUUUGUAUUACACUCCUUUCUAACCUUUGUCGAUGUUUCCGUCCUUAACAAGAGAGGAUUUGUUUGUGUAGAGAAAAGAAAGUUGAGGAUCUGAUUUUCAUAUGACUAAUUUAGACUGAGAACUGCACAGGCAAAUCUCUGUGUCCACCACAGUCCUGUUGACUUCAGGAUUUCAGUGAGGCUCAGUGCAGGCUCAGGGGUCUAUCGGCAAGGUUCCCAGUACAAGGUCAGGGGCACAGAGUGUGUCUACACAGGAGCUGGAAGGUGUAAUUCCAGCACAAGAAGAUAGACCUGUGCUGUCUCUGAUCAAGUUAGCACUCAAAAAAACAGAAGCGUCAUCAUGGCAGCACAAGCAGCAGAACAAGGUAGCCACACUGAGUACAUACAUACAGGGCCGGCUUUACGCCAGUUCCACCGAUUCUCCAGAAUUGGGCCCUGCUCUGGGGGUCUU